AUGGCCACCGACGCCCCCGCGAAAUUCCAGAAGCCAGAGCUGAUCCCGGUCCCGCAUCACCACACGGAGCACCACCCGGAGACCUCGGCCGCCGCGGUGUCGGCCCACGACGGGCUCCACUUCUGGAAGUUCAUGAUCGGCGGCUCGAUCGCCGGCAUGGCGGUGCAUAUGGCGAUUCCUUCAAAUCAUUAUAAAGAUCCUCUCAUAGGACGGGCUGGUCGAUUUUGUGUCCUCGUUGAGUAUGGGGACGAGAGUGACAAGCAGCUACAAAUAAAACAAGAAAAUCCAGGAUUAGAAGUUGGGAAUACUCAUUUCAUCUGCAUGACUGCCAGAGAAAGCAGAUAUACCAGAGUCGAAGCUGCUCCGGUCGCAUAUGAUUCUCCCUUGGACAUAAAAAGUAAAAAUGGGUCGGCCCAUCUUUCCCCGCCCAAGAGUUUGUGUAGUAUUUUCGGGUUGAAAAUGGGUCGGGUCGAACAGGAGAACAACUGUAUGGGUAAGGGUUUUGUGAUUUCAAGGGAAGGGGAUUUUCUCAGUUGA